CACAUUGACCCGUGAAUAAUGGAGCGUCAUCCUGCUGAUCGAUCUCUCCUUAUCCUCAUGCUCCGCUGAACCUCCCCUACAUUGCCUACCUCGUUGUUGUCUCAUAACCGUCGCUCCUUUUUGAGGAAUCUCGAAUCCUCCGACAGGUGCUGCGCUUCUCGUGUGUCUCCAAUCGCACCGCGCCACGCCACGCCACGCCUUGGACUCCCUCCUUUCGUCUCAAGAGCUCCUUACCAGUUAUCUGAGUCUGCUGAUUAGUGGAAGCUUUGGACACAGGCUUGCGCUUGCACGACUCUAAUUACUAACGUCAACGAUCACCGUGCUUUGUUGACGCCUUAAAGAUCAGGCGCGGAAAACACGACCAAUAAUGGCAGGUACUGGUUCUGGUUGACCCUUUCGCACCCUGAAAUCCAUUGACAGUGUUAUGCAGAAACGGGACAACUCGAUGGCGCCUCCUUGCCCACAGAGUACCAACACGUCACCAAUGGCGAAGAAUAUCAUGGAAAAGGUCCAGGUAUCGUCAGCACCAGCUCCGAGCUCGAAGUUCUUUGCGGUCCUCUCCUCAACUACCAACGUCUGUCUGAAGAAGGCUCUGAUAUCUUCUGGCAUGGCUCCGUCUUACUGGUCACAAAGCCUGGCCAGGCACAUCCUUAUAUCGAAUUGAAAUCGUUGGGCACGUCGGACGGCACAACGCAGACAAAAGAGAGUCCUCCGCAGAAAAUAGACGGUCUAAAACUAUACUCGGAUCCACAGAAAGCAUUCUGGCGCUUCUCCAUAAAGCUUCCUUUGGCAGAGGCCGAAGUGAGAUGGCAAUAUUCAAUUCCCAAGAUUCGAUUCCUCUCAGACGUGAGCAAAGAACCUACGAGGGAGUUCUUCGUUCCAGCCGCCACCGAGUCCUUCAGAAUCAUGUUUCACUCUUGCAAUGGUUUCUCCGUCGGCACCGACGAGGACUUCUGGUCGGGUCCUGCCCUGUGGAACGACGUCCUCCGUACCCACAAGCAGAAACCCUUUCAUGUCAUGAUCGGUGGAGGAGAUCAGAUCUACAAUGACAGCAUUCGAGUCAAAGGCCCUUUGAAAGAGUGGACCGACAUUCAAAACCCGCGGAAAAGAGCACAUUUCCCUUUCGAUAAUGACUUGAGGAGAAGAUGUGAUGACUAUUACUUUCAAAACUAUGUUGAAUGGUAUAGUACCGAGCCCUUCGCCGCAGCCAAUUCCCAGAUCCCUCAGAUUAAUAUCUGGGACGACCAUGACAUCAUCGACGGCUUCGGCUCCUACACUGACCAUUUCAUGAGAUGCGCUGUCUUCAGAGGCAUCGGAGGUGUUAGUUUCAAAUACUAUUGCCUCUUCCAGCAUCACACCGCGCCCCCCCUGUCCACCUUCACUACUGACGCACCCUCCACCAUGUCCGCAGACGCGAAUGGUACCGCUGGUGCCGAUCCUCGGCAACUCAAGGAUACCUACGUAUAUAAAAGGACAGCCGACGAUCCCAGCUGGAUUGUCGGCAACAAACCAGGCCCCUACGUUGAAGAGAGAUCGAGAAACCUCUAUAUGCGUCUCGGCAAACGCAUCGCAUUUUGUGGCAUUGACGCAAGAACGGAGCGGACCAGGAAGCAGGUCAAUUAUCCUGAGACCUAUGAUCUCAUCUUCGAGAGACUCAAAAAGGAAUUUCAAGCGGCAAACGGGGAUAUCAAGCAUCUCAUCCUCCUGCUCGGUGUUCCCAUUGCAUAUCCUCGCUUGGCAUGGCUUGAGAACAUCUUGUCCUCGCCCAUUAUAGCUCCGAUUCGCCUUCUGAACAAGCGGUUUGGCUUUGCUGGCGGCCUCUUCAAUCAAUUCGACGGCUCCGUUGAUUUGCUCGACGACCUUGACGAUCAUUAUACCGCCAAACAUCACAAGGACGAACGACGAGACUUAGUCGUCAGACUUCAAAAGCUUUCAGAAGAGUUUUCCAUCCGCGUCACCAUCCUGGGCGGCGAUGUACAUUUGGCCGCACUGGGUCGAUUUUAUUCUGCACCCGCAAACAACAUGGACCCUCUCGAGGAUCCACGAUACAUGCCCAACAUUGUCUCAUCUGCUAUCACCAACAAACCCCCUCCAAAAGCAGUCGCCAACUUACUUGCACGCCGUAACAAAAUCCACCAUCUCAAAGAUGGCAAUACCGAUGAGACACUCCUCGAUAUGUUCAACGAGCAACCUGGUGGCAAAAUGAAAAGCUCAGACUCCAAUUACGUCACUAUGCCCAGUCGAAACUAUGCCUGUAUCACCGAAAUCCCCGAUACACCUACUCCAGACUCGUCUGGCGUGGGUGUGACCAAUGGCGUCAACGGCACCGAGGCUGCUGUUCCAUCGACAGGUGAAGAAGGCAAGGAGAGACCUAAGCCCAGAAGCAAAGGCCUUGAUGGACACAGCCCUCUUCAUAUCGGUGAGGAGGGUGCCGGUACCAAGCAUCCAGCUGCUAGUGGUAUCACCAGUGAAGGCCCGCUGCCUGGAGGUCUGAAUGUCUCAAUCAGGGUCGAAAUUGACAACUCUGAUAAAACGGGUCAGACACAGGGCUAUGGGUUGAGCAUUCCCAAGCUCACCGUUAAGCCCAAAACUGCCGCGUCUCAUCCACCCACCCACCAGCCAACAGUGGAGGAAGAAGCCUAGGAUUCUGAGCCUUGUUCCAACCUUGUUCAGUCGGUCGCGCGAACCUCUUACCGACGGAUCCAGACCUUUCUACGCACAGCGGUCGAUAUAUCACUCGCAAAGAGUCGUACGACGUAGGGGUUCGGCUCCUGGGAUCUAAUCCUUGUUGCCGUACUCCAAAGUUUCUGGUCGCCAGACACUGCACCCUGGGACCAUCCCAAAAUCGGCGACGCACUAUGUUCUCGGGAUACAGGCAUGUUUCAAUGGCGGGAGUUCCUUUUGACCUAAUCGAGGUCUUUCAGGUCCGUCUCCGGUAGGGUUGAGACGGCUGUUGUUUAUUUUCAUGAUGUGCUGUUACUAGGUAGAUCCUGACUUUGUGUCAUCCUUAUAUUCUUAGUAUUGUUGGUAUUACUAUUGGCUCUAGCUUGCUCGGGUAGUUGGUGGAGAUAGAUACCCUUGGUUGCGAAUGAUGGAAACAGUAAUCAAUCCUUGCC